UCAAUAAAUUAUCUUUCUGUCUUUUGAGUGGUCUUGUUUCUCCGGUUAAACGAGAAUGCCCGUAAACGAAAAACACGAGAUUACAUAACACAUGCACUUGGAAAUAUAUAUUGACCAGUGGCUAAUAAUUCAACGAAAAUCUUCUGUGGGAGUUGGAUGAUAAACCGAAAACAAAAUGGCGGUCACAGCUCGGAACAAUAAAAAUAUUGACGCUUUGGAAACAGAACAUAGGAGAAUUUCCUUCGGAUCGCUUUCCGCGGUCGACGAUGUCGUCAGAAACCUGUUGCUAAGACCUAACGACAUCAGCAAAUGCCAGGUGAACCCCCUGACACACUUUGGUAAACAGAUCCAGCUGGGCAAGAUGCUUCUACUGGUCCUGGUCCCGAUUACGGCCCUGGCCAUCUUAGCGGUCCUGGAUCUAAAGAGUAUUGCUUACAAUAACAGCGUCGACAUCGAGAUCCGCAACGUAAUCAGUUUCAGUCGCAACAUCGGGCUCCUCCUGAGCCGCCUGCAGAGGGAACGUGACAUGACGGCCCUGUACUUGAGCGUGGUCGCACCGAACAGCAAGGCUUUCCUGACCGAGACCUACCCGCUGACUGACAGGGCCCUCGACGAGCUUCAGGAAUGGCCCGUCGAAACCAGUAUUCUGAACGAGCUACCAUUCUUUCGUGAGAAGAAUGACUUUAAGGAGAAUUUGGAGCAGCACCGUCAGCGUCUACACCAUUCUAAUACCACAGUGUAUAGAGAGAUCGAUUUCUACACCGACAUGCUCCAGAUCUUCAUCGACUGGCUCUAUGAAAGUGUUGGGAACUCGCAAGGACACGGCUCCUGGCAGAUCCUGGUCGCCUACCAGCUCCUCAUCGUCAGCAACGUCGAUACGGGCAUCGAGAGGACACUCGGUGCUGUAUUUUACACACUCGGUGGCUUUGAGAGGCACAAGGACUACGUCUGGUACAUGGAAAAAUAUAACGUGGGCUCGUGGAACUUUGCGGCAUCUAAGCGCUACACACCACUCAUCCAGCAGUUCUACGAAAAGCAGGUCUACAUUGACAUCCUCGAGAGGGUCCAGAAGGACAUGGCCGAUGAGAUCCUGGAUCGACUCGAGAAGGAACUCGAAGAUGACACGGAAAACAUCGCCGUCAGCAUCUUCCUUGUCCUAGUCGUCAUCAUCAUAUGCCCUCUCACCCUCCGAGCCAUCUGGUCGUUGACCACGGUAUUACAGAACUACGCCCUGACACUGGCCGCACAGACCAAGGUAGUGAUUCGUAGGUCUCUUGUUGAUAUCCAACAGCCUUUCGCUUUGAAGAACUUCCUUGUUUAG